ACGAACAAAUCUCAGCGAGUAUCGCUCCAUCUACAGAGGGGAUGGCGGCGCCCGAUGCGGCCGUCGCGGCUUCGAUGCGAGCGGCUCGGGCGGCCAACGGCCGGAUCCAGGCGAGGCGCCAGUGGAUCCAGGCCAUGCGCAUCGCGCUCGAGGGUACCCAGUACCACUCGAUUGAGAGGAUUCAGGAGCCAUGGAUCGAGGGUAUCCAAUGCAGGAUGCGGGGUGCGUGUCGCGAGUCGAUCUACAGAAUCCAGCAUUUGGUGGCCGGUCCAUUCAACCGGUUGGCACGGUAUGCGAGCGAUAAUGGAGGUCGUUGCUCGCGGCUGGCCGGAGUUGGCCACGCCUCGCAGGGAGUCGAAGCCCUAGCAUGCACUCCAGCAGCACGAUGGCGGCCUCCUGCACCAUCUCACCAUUCGUUGUUAUGGGAGGCGAUGCGAUGAGCUUCUCCUAGCAGCUUGAAGGUGAAGCCAGGGAGGAAGGGAAGGUCGUGUGUCAUGCUCGAUCUUGACAUCUUGUAUCGACAGUUGUGGCCAGCAGUGGGGAGCCUACUGAAAUCAACUUGUGCGGUCCGAUCCCCUCUCUACUUAUUUAAACAAUGUUCAAAUGAUACACAAUAUGCUUAGUUAUUUGUUGUGCAAAAAUAAUUCCUGUAAUAUUUCCCUGCAAGAAAAAGGUCCGUAACAUACAUAUUUAGAUGGUGAAGCUUCCAUUGGUGCUCCAUGAGCUGAUCGCGGACAUGCGGGGCAACGGCAGCCAUGGCGCGCGGCGGCUGGCCUUGCUCAAGCAAACUCUCUUCCCAAUUAAGUUUUUGUGUCCCGUGUUUCUUUGAGCUAUCUAGAGACUUUGAUUUCCUUAACAGUGUGGUUCACGUGUUUGAUGCAAUGCACAAGAGGAACCAUUGUGCUCAACGGUCUUUAUUUUCUAUGUGUGAAUAGCCGAGGAGUACAUCAUGUACUCACUACAGUAUAUGCCAUUAAGCUUCAUAGUCCAUUGCUGUACUCCGUUUCAAAAAAAAAUAGUCCAUUGCUGUAACGGAUGUUCAUAUCAACUUACCAUACAGUUUAUGUUUCAGGUACAAAGUGUGUUGGCUCAAGAGCCACCAGAGUUAUUCGCUUCUUAAUAUUUGGACAGUUGCAUUCCGCAAUAUAUGAGACAUGCAUUUGAAUUAAGAGAUGGAGGAUCUGAUUAUACCUUGCAAAAGGUGCUCCGUUAGGGGGAACUGCUAAUUUUGAUAAUAAAAUAGGUGCCAUCAGAUCAGUGUAUUGUUAGCCAGAAAAUCCUUGAGCUUAUAAUUUCUAGAUAUUUACGGAUUCAGAACUUAAGAGUGGGUGGCACCAAUGAUACACCUGUUCAUUGCGGUGUUCAACUUCACUACUAAUUAGGACAAAGAGCUAGGUGAUGAUACCCAUUGAUGUUGAAUGCUCGAGGUAAGUGUAUUAUUACCCUGCAUUUUCGCUUGGUCAUGUGGGUUAUAGUCAACUAUGAAGUUGUGCACAGUUCACUUAUAACAUAUAUGACCAAGCAAAUAACAUAAAUGUUGUUGGGCUGCAAGCAUCCUCCUUGUGCUGCGAUGAUGCAUCAUGCAUUAUGAUUUUAUAAUAUUCCUUUUACACCAAUCUUCUGAAGUUAAACAUGAAUGCAGAUAUGGAGUAUUUCUAUGAGAGUUGUACAACGGCAAGCAUUUUUUAGGUGGUUUAGGAACUUGUGUCAGAAGUUUCCUUUGUGGCGUUCAAGUUAUAAAGUAAAAUACCAUUUGGUGGCUCGCCUUUUUUUCACUUCUUGUAUUAACCUAAUUAUGUCUCCUAAUUUUUGUGAAAUAACAUUAUCACUAA